AUGAUCAUAAUGAAAAAAUUACAAAUACUUCGUGUUGAUAAUGACCUAGUGCAAAAAAUUGAUCUACAAAUAGGUAAUAACAUUAUUGGCCGUAGUGUUGUACCUGGAUGUGACGAUAAUGGAGCUAUCAAGCACGCUGUUACAAUAUAUGUAACAUCUGAUAAUGAAAUGACAAUAACGCCGCGUCAGAUUUCACCAUGUUACAUGAAAUCUGUUGAAUCUUCACAGUGGAAACUUCUUAAACUGGGUAUUACUGUUCCAAUAAAACCAGGAGAUAUUUGUUCUUUGAUACCUGACAAGUGUUGGUUUAAAGUUUUAUUAGUACCUGACAAUAUGGAUACAUUGAAACGAAAAGUUAAUGAUGCUAUAGAUUACAACAUGUCUGGUAAAAAAUGUUGUUCAAAAUCAGGAGAAGGAGAUAAUUUAGGAACUCCCUGUGAUAUAUUAAAUGAAAUGAUAAGUGAGAAUAACAAUAAUGAUAUAACUAAAGCAAAACCUGAUCACACUGAUUCAAAAGAUGAUAAUUUGUCAAAUCUUAAAGAUAUCACAAGUACGACAGAAGAGAAAUGUGAGGAAGUUUGUGGUGCAAGUUCUAAGGAUAAAGGUAAAGAGUAUGAUUCGAGUGAUAAAUUAACAUCUGAACUUCAAAAUACAGAUCAACCUUGUAAAGAAGAGGAAGAUGUUAAUAACUUACAAAAUGAAAGUAAAGCAGAAACAACUAUUCCUACAAGUGAAUCAAAUGUUUCUACUACUACUACAACAGUAAAUACUCCCAGAAGGGAGAAAUGCAAAUAUGGCGAAAAAUGCUACAGAAAAAAUCCACAACAUAAGGCUGAAUUCAGUCACCCCGAGGAUGCAGAUUACAAUAUUCCUGACAACAGAGAAGAAUGCCCUUAUGGAUCGCGAUGUUAUCGUAAAAAUCCUCAACAUAAAAUGCAAUUUAAACAUACUAGUAGAAAUACUAGAAAUGAAUGUUCUAGACAGCGUCGAAAUCGAAGUCAGACAACAGUCUUCUCAGGCACUUUAUCAGAUUUCGAGGAUACUUCCGAGGAAGAAUCUAUUGACGAAUCUGAGUAUGAACCUUCUAGCGACUUAGAAAAAUUCGACGAUGAUGAAGUAUAUUCCGAUAAUAAUCGAAGCGAAGACGAUUGAUUAAGGAAGAUAAAUAUUUGAAUACUUUAAGAUUUUUCGGUAUUUUUAAAUUAUUUAUGUAGUUGUAGCUUAUAUAUGGCGAAAUGUAUAUUAAUGUAUAAUAAAUAUUUUUAUAUUGA